AGAAAGACAGAGUAAGACAAAUCGAACAAUAUGAACAGUUGACUCUGCAUGCGCCUAGACAUCUCAUCUCCCAGCCUACUACGCUCCUUUUUGAUGUUUAUGAUUGUUAUGAUGAUGAUAGUUUGAAUACAAUCAUAUUAUCUGUCCUUCCUUUUGAAUAAGUCGCGCCUCGGAUCCAUCAUUCGCUUUACCUGAUCCCCCAAGCCGAUUACCGAGAACAUUCUCUAUUACAUUACCUGCCAUAUCUGUUAGUCCAGAUCUUCAUCACUCAUUACCGAUUCCAUCCGGCAGUCAUCUUGAAUUACGCCAUAGAAUCGACAAAGGUCGGUGGGUUUCAUAUACUUGAAACCAGCGGAUGCACGAUCCUUAAGCGGUCUUGAAGAGCGACCGCAAAAUAACUCACGACAAAUAAUGUCGAACAACGAAGCCACACAAACACAAGCUAAGCGGAGGAAUUCCGAAUUAUCAACGCUGCCGAAACUGAUUGUGCCCUCCACAACUGUGGAGGAAGUCGAUGCUGGCUCAUCGAAUAGUAAUUUGGUUGUCCAGCCUCACGCUCUAAGUGUCAAUUUCCGACAUAGCAGAGGCGAGCCUGUAUCACCGUGUUCGGAUGUUUCCCCUUCGUCACGGUGCAGCGUUGUCUCACUUUCACCGUCACUUUUUCCGCUCCCACCAAGCGGCGCCACGCCACCAACUACCGCUCACUCAUCAAUACUGGGCUUUCCACCACCACGAUGCGCAACGCACUCGCGCUCGCAGUCUUCCAUAAGUUCGUGGUUUUCUCCCCCGUCACCACCUCCCUCUUCACCAUUGCCGCCUACUCCCACAGAAAAGAGGCUAGCUAGCCUCGUCGGUCUUACGAAUGGCCUUGAAAGUGUUCAGGUGCCGGCAUGCGCAAAGGUUAAAAGUCCCCUUUCGGAGGCGCCUGAAAUAGGUCCGGAAAAUCCAGAAGAUGACUCCAUGCCGCGGCCUCGACGGCUUAUGAGUUUCACCAUCGACUCCCGAGGGGUUCGGGAGUCGGUAAUAGAUCCAGACGCACCCCUUGCAUCGCCACCACUAACACCAUCACUGCCACUGCCGCCUCCAUACUCACCUGGCCUGUGUACCCCGGAGCGCUUCAGUAACGCUAGCAUGCCGAGCAGCCGAGUGGACUCGACUACGCUGUUAGCGUACAAUUUAAAGGAUUACGAGCUCGGCCGGAGUCCUAGGAGCCCUGGCUUUCCGCACAAGAGAAAGCAGCUUGAGGAUAUAGAGGCCGGGCGGACAGGAUGGUGGGCACAACCCUGGAUGAGCGAACCCCAGAGAAGGAGAAAGAAAAUCAGGACGGCACUUAUAAGUGCGGCUUCGGUAGCUUUGCUGUUGGCCGUCGCCGGGAUGAUCAUCGGGAUAUAUCUUGCAGUAUCUGGUAGCGCAUCAUUAUAGAAACAAAAGGCUUUGUCCCCCCAUCUCUUUGGAUGAGAAUAUGAGCUUAUUAACGACACGAUUAUGAUAUAUAUAUAAGAGGGAUAAAAGGGAACAGGGAAAGGGAAAGGGAUAUGCAUAGAAAAGAAGUGUUAAAAGGUAGGAUAGACAAGGUAUCAAAGUAU